AUGGCAGGCGGUGUUGCGGUGGCGUCGGGAGAGAUCCGGCACGGCGAUAGGGUCUUCAGUGGGAACUCUGGCCCCGCGCAGCGCGAACAACCCAUAAACAAAGAACUCAUCGCGCACUUCAAAAGCAAGGGAGACAGUGUGUCCUGGGGCAUCGCUGCAAGCAUAGAGAACUACGAGGAGGAUACGAAGAGGCCAGUGUUGUCGGGCGCAUGCAUCGCGUCGCUCUACGACCAAGAGACCGAGCGCGAGUUGGCAGAGGAGGUGGAGAACAGAAUUGAGCGGGUGCUAAGCGACGACGCAGCCUUGUUGAAAAUACGUCGAUAUUUGAAGACCUUCCACGCGGACGAGCGCGAAUGGGAUGUGAGAACGUGUGCAGCGGCGGCUCGAGGGGGCAACUUGGAGUGUUUGAAAUAUCUGCACGAGCACGGGUGCGCGUGGGAUAAGAGUGCGUGUGAAGCGGCGGCUCAAGGUGACCACUUGGAGUGUUUGAAAUAUCUGCAUGCGAACGGGUGCACAUGCGAUGAGAGUGCGUGUUUAGCAGCGGCUGAAGGUGGUCACUUGGAGUGUUUGAAAUAUCUGCACGAGCACGGGUACCCAUGGAGUGAGUGGGUGAGUUUAGCAGCGGCCGAAGGCGGUCACUUGGAGUGUUUGAAAUAUCUGCACGAGCACGGGUGCGUAUGGAAUAAGAAAACGUGUCGAGCAGCGGCUCGAGGUGGCGACUUGGAGUGUUUGAAAUAUCUGCACGAGCACGGGUGCGCGUGGGAUGAGAGUGCGUGUGAAGCGGCGGCUCGAUGUGGUCAUUUGGAGUGUUUGAAAUAUCUGCAUGAGCACGGGUGCCCGUGCGAUGAGAGUGCGUGUGAAGCGGCGGCUAGCUGUGGCGACUUGGAGUUUUUGAAAGACCUGCACGAGCACGGGUGCCCAUGGGAUGAGAGUGCGUGUGAAGCGGCGGCUCUAGGUGGUCACUUGGAGUGUUUGAAAUAUCUGCACGAGCACGGGUGCGUAUGGAAUAAGAAAACGUGUCGAGCAGCGGCUCGAGGUGGCGACUUGGAGUGUUUGAAAUAUCUGCACGAGCACGGGUGCGCGUGGGAUAAGAGUGCGUGUUCUGCAGCGGCUGGACGCGGUCACUUGGAGUGUUUGAAAUAUCUGCACGAGCACGGGUACCCAUGGAGUGAGUGGGUGAGUUUAGCAGCGGCCGAAGGCGGUCACUUGGAGUGUUUGAAAUAUCUGCACGAGCACGGGUGCGUAUGGAAUAAGAAAACGUGUCGAGCAGCGGCUCGAGGUGGCGACUUGGAGUGUUUGAAAUAUCUGCACGAGCACGGGUGCCCGUGCGAUGAGAGUGCGUGUGAAGCGGCGGCUAGCUGUGGCGACUUGGAGUUUUUGAAAGACCUGCACGAGCACGGGUGCCCAUGGGAUGAGAGUGCGUGUGAAGCGGCGGCUCUAGGUGGUCACUUGGAGUGUUUGAAAUAUCUGCACGAGCACGGGUGCGUAUGGAAUAAGAAAACGUGUCGAGCAGCGGCUCGAGGUGGCGACUUGGAGUGUUUGAAAUAUCUGCACGAGCACGGGUGCCCGUGCGAUGAGAGUGCGUGUGAAGCGGCGGCUAGCUGUGGCGACUUGGAGUGUUUGAAAUAUCUGCGCGAGCACGGGUGCCCGUGCGAUGAGAGUGCGUGUGAAGCGGCGGCUCUAGGUGGUCACUUGGAGUUUUUGAAAGACCUGCAUGAGCACGGGUGCGCAUGGGAUAAGAGUGCGUGUUCUGCAGCGGCUCGAGGUGGUCACUCGGAGUGCUUGAAGUACUUGCACACGCACGGGUGCCCCGGGAAUAAGCGUGCGUCUGAAGCGGCGGCUGGAGGUGACGUCAUGGAGUGUUUGAGUUUGAAGUACUUGCAUAGAUCGCUCAAACGAAAGAUUUACAGGUAGCGGAAAAAUUACGCGAAUUGAAAUCAAAUACCUACGAAAUCGGCGUACGCCGGACAGAGCCUACGACAGUGGCGAAAUAAACGCAUCGCUUCCAUGGCGUCGCCCGAGGUCUCCGCGUCCACGGCGCGCUUGUGCAGGGCGUACGCCUCGGCGCCGACGGCGUCGGCGAACGCCGGCGGCUCGCGAGCGUACAUGACGUCGGUGCGAAUGAUGAAUUUCACCGCGCCCUCGCCCACGGGCGCGCCCUCGUGCGGAAUGUCUUGUCGAAACACCAGAGCAGUGCCUCGCGCGCACGGCGCGGCGUCGGCGAUCCAUUCAUCCGGCCAACGGUAUCGAUCGUCCUCGUCGCGCACGAAUUUCGACGGCUCAAAGUCGCUCGGCGGCGCGAACAUCGACGUCUCCCCACCUCGCGCGCAAUCGUUCAGGUACACCAAGACGCUAUAAAACGAACGCGUAUUGAAAUCUUCGAUCGUCGCCCCGUCGGUGUGCGGUGAAAAGUGCCCGCGUCCAGAGUAUCGAUUAAACAACAAGUGUUCGUUCACGCCUCGCGCCACCCAUCGUCCGCGCGCCCCCGCGCCGUGCGUCUCAUCCUCCUCAAUCGUGAUCUCCGGCGUCGCGUGCGGUUUCAAUCGCGCCCACAGCGCUUCCGCGACCGUCUUCGACAUC